AUGGGAUCAGCCAUAACCAAAGAGACAAUUCUACAGGACAAUGUAUAUUUGAAAAAGUUGAGUGGCUUGGAGCCUGUCGACGAUUACGAUCCAUUCUGGAACAAGCUACUGUCAUUUAGUCUGAAAUUUGACGAUGAAGACGAAGAUACUAGAAAUGCAUUGGAAUCCGCACUAGAUGAUCAUCUACAAUGUCUUAUGUACAAUACACAAACGACUGGAAACUUUGCAGCUUUCAUCCGACUCUUUCUUCGCAGGGCAACAGAAUUGAAAGCAUCCGAGCAGUGUGAAAACAAAAUCUAUUUAUGGCAAACUUCAAACGCUCUUCUGAUCCUUCGCUAUAUAGCCAGGUUCCUAACACAACGAAUGACUGAAAAAGAGUUUGUGAGAAUUUUUGCAAAAAAUAGAGAAAGCGAGGAGAACGAAUCGUCUUCUACUUCUUCAUCAUCAGACGAAGAUGCUGACGACGAUGAGGAGAGUUCCAACAAGCAAGAAAACGGAAACUAUAAUAACAACGAGCAAACAAAAGAACCAUCAAUCGUGUUCCAAAACACAGCAGAAGAAUUUACAUACGAACUUGUUUCCAUCUUGAUUAAUAUUUCUGUCAAUGAUACAACACUGGCAAUUCAUGUGGAAGCUGUAAGAUGCCUGUUGACACUUCUCAGCUCUCAAUUGUACAAUGAAUCGAUUGUUAACACAUCAAUCGUAUUCCGAUUUUUCAUCGAUGGAGCUUGUGCUCAACACGCUGCAGGUCUCACCAAGACAUUGCUCCUCAAUUAUCUUAUCCACAACUCUGAGUAUCAUAUGACUGUACAGAAACCACAAGAAAGCAUUGUUUUUGGAUUAGCAUCAUCAAUGUGGUCAAUGGUUCAAAUGGCAACUGGGUUAGAUUCGGCAGAAGAAGAAAAGAAACCUCCAUUAACGCUUGGAAAUCUCAGUAUUCUUCUUCUUUUGAAUCUUUCAUGUCAUCAACCUCUCAAUGCUUCCAAUCCAUUCAAAGAAACACUUGCUCUGUUCCAAAAUGCUCAAGAAGUGUCUACCUUGCCUACUCAAGUUGUUUCCUUUAAAAUUGAUUAUAAUGGACUUUACGAAAGAUUGUGUGCGACUGCUGGACAAGAGCCUCCUAUGCUGCUACUGUAUAUGCUUCUUCAAGCGAAUUCUGGUUUCCGAAACUACGUUCUUUCCCGUAUUAAUCUGGAAAAUCUUGUCGUCCCUGUUCUUCGAAUACUACAUGAUGGGGUUGCCACUUCAAAUAAUUCACACCAUGUGUAUCUAGCGCUGAUUGUUGCUUUAAUUCUCAGCGAAGACGACAUUUUCUGCAAAAUCAUUCAUGAAACGCCGAUAAAAGACCUCGGAUGGCUUGACAGCGAUUUCAGCGUUCGUGAAAUCUCCCUCGGAGGAUUGACAGCUCUCGUCUUCAUCAGAGCUAUUCAGAAAAAUGCAUUGAAAACGAAGGAUCGGUAUCUACAUACAAAUUGUCUCGCUGCUCUCGCCAAUAUGUCUGCAUUCUUCAAAAACCUUGCGCCAAUCGUUUGCCAAAGAUUGAUUUCUCUCUUGGAUCUUCUCACCAAACGGCACGCAAAAAUGGUCGAUCAUAUGAGAGUCAGUAGUCAGAAUGAUGUUGCUGGUGGUCAGCCGAUCAAUUUCCAUGACGACAUCACCGCUCUAGAAGAAGGAAUCCGUACUCUUCUGGAAAUAAUUAACAGUGCUCUUUGUGGCGGACUACGUCACAACACACACCUCAUCUACAAUCUUCUUUACCAUCGAGCCCUUUUCGACGCCUACGUUCAACAUCCAAUGUUUCAAGAUUUGCUUGUAAACAUUGCUGCUGUAAUCUCCCAUUUCUCCUCAAAAGUCAUACAUGUUCCUGCUGGAGAUGGAGUAACAAUGCUUCAAAUAAUUGAGAAGGAAGCGAAUGUUUGGCCCACUGAUAAAUUGGCCAAGUUCCCAGAACUCAAGUUCCGGUACGUGGAGGAUGAAUACACUGUCGACUUCUUCGUGCCAUACGUUUGGAGGUUAUCGGUCCAACACUCAGGGAUCCAUUUCGAAACAUCUAGAAUUAAAAUUUUUAACGCUCAAAGUAUUGCUUGA